GGUCACGCAAGUUGGAGUCACAUGAGUGGUUCCUAGCUUUCAAUCUAAUCUACGAUUCGUUUCACAUCCUAUUUUUUUAUUUACUGUCUUAAAACCCCAGCAUGGACGAGGACGGUUUGCCAAUCGUUGGUUCUGGAGUUGAUCUCACUAAGGUCCCUGCUAUACAGCAAAGGAGAGUGGUCGCCCACCUUAAUCAGUUUGUUGUUCACACAGUUCGAUUCCUUAACCGAUUCUCUGCUGUGUGUGAAGAGAAACUUUCAAACAUUUCCCUUCGCAUACAGCAGAUUGAAACCACCCUGUGUAUUUUAGAGGCUAAAUUGUCAUCUAUUCCUGGACUAGAGGAUGUCACAGUCGAUGGACUCAGCCAGAAGCAAAGUGGGCAGUCUAAUGGACCCGUCACCAUCAGUCAGAACCAAUCGGAUUCUAUAACAGCGGGAGCUCCUCCCUCACAGCCGGAUCAAAGUUCACCAGAAGCUGCACCUGCACAAGAAAAAGCAGAACCAGUGCCUGAGAACAUCAUGACGGUGGCUAAAGACCCACGUUAUGCACGUUAUCUGAAAAUGGUUCAAGUGGGAGUACCAGUUAUGGCCAUUCGUAACAAAAUGAUAAUGGAAGGUUUAGAUCCAAAUCUACUUGACGCACCUGAUGCCCCUGUGCCUGAUGGAGCAGCAAGCAGCACAGAGAAUGACGAUAUUCCUGCCAGCAGCUCAGAUAGUGAAUCAUCUUUCAGUGACUGAUCCGUUUUCUCUUUGUUUUCAUCACUACAAAGCUCCAUGUUUUGGCUCAUUAAUAACUGUCUGCAUGGUGUUGCACAGUAUGAGGCUUCAUUGUGUGAGUAGAGGACACACAAAGGUGCUUGAAGGAUUGUAUUUUUCCUGGAAAUGGUACUACUGCUUCCUUUUGUCAACAUGGAAGCAUCUUUGUUUUCAUCCAUUGAUUUGAUUUUUUGUUUUAAUCUUUAUUAAAGUCUCUUUAUUAAAUCUUUAUUUUUCAAAUGCAUGCAUCAGUCAUUAGAACACAGGACCAGUAGUAUGAUGUAGCAGCUGGAGUCACAUGACAAACAGUGCAGGUAAAGGUGCAUCAGAUUGCCAAUUACAUUGAAAUGAGUCUCUGCAUAAGCACCACAUUUAAUGCUAUGCAUUGCUGUAUGUCAUGGCAGCCAAAAACAGAAUGCAUAAAAUCUUGUCUCUCUUUGGCUCAUAAAGAGGACCAGAUAGGGAUAAAGACCCUGAGCUGCCUUUUUGGUCUCCCCAACUGUAGCUGGAGAAGGUUGCAGCACCACAAAGCUGAUUGUAAGGUUUAGCAGCUAAAUUUGCUCUCUGAGAUGAUCAGGUCCAGCCAGUAUUUUGAACUCCAUGAAUCCUGUCAACAUUAAGCAGAAAAUGCAAU